AUGAAAAGGCCAAGAAAGAGAGCAUUCCAUCACAGUGAAGAAGAGGCUAGCGACUCAGGAGAUGACCAAGAUUUUAGUCAGUACAUUAAACGCAAGAGCGCUGCUGUUCAAAAAGUUCAACACGAACGAAAGUUUGAUCUUGAUGAUGCCAGCUUACAAGCGUCGGCACACGUAACUCCAAAGCCGAGCUCAACAAGUUUGAUUGAGAGCUUCAAGGCGUCCAAAAAGCAGCGGGAGAUGGACAAAUUGUUUUCACAAUCAGUUAAAGCCCGCAUCGAAAGAGAGAGUGAGACUUGCGUUAUGAAAGAUAAAGAAGUGUACAUUACCAAGGAAUAUGAAGAUGUUAAAAAAGAUUUGGAUAAAGCUUUUGAGCUAGCUCAUGAAGAAGAAGACAGUGAACUUCGAGACAAAGACGGACCUCACACACCUCUUUUGCAGGCCACUCCCCAGAUUAACUCAGGAGAAUGUGUCAUAAGGGGUGUUUACGCAUCAGACCAAAGUUGUAUCAAAAUGCCCAGAAAUGGCGAUGAAAAACCAAAGGCCUACAAAAAUGACAUUUACGUUACGAGGCCAUCGCGAUUUAAGCCCCAGGAGCAGGGCUAUCGGCAACUGCAGCAAGGUGUGGAGCCUACUCUAAAUAAACGAGCUCUUGUUCAACAGUUCCUGUUGCCCAAAAAAAGUAAGCAAAUGAUCGAAAUUGAAAUAAAAAGAUAUCAGAAUCGCACGCAUAAAAAAGCGGCCUAA